GGCCAGGCUCAUGAAGGUAUUUUUAAUGCCUUGGAAAAUGUCUACGUAGCAGGAGGCGCCAAGGGACUUAAAUGUAAAUCCUACACACUGAAGAAAAUGACGAAAGUUCCUCAGGUGUUUGAUUUCAGUUUCUUAAAUGAUGAAGAAGCCAGACAGAUCCUGCAGGUCCUAGAGAGAAACGAGGAGCUCCAGAGGGCAGAGAAGGACAGAAUCAGCAAACUCCAGAAGACAAAGAGAGAUAUUCGAUGGCUCCAUGGAGUGACUGGUGAGUGGUUUGAAGAAAUCCAGAGAAAAAAGUUUCGAAAUGAUACCGAUGUCAACCAGAUGUUGAAACAACCACUCGUGUACAGGCUAAGGAAGACAAAAAAUGAUUCCAUGUCAAGAUCCCCAAAUCUUCCAAGUCGAAAUAAUCUCUCAUCUACUCCUCGACGACUGGGCUUCCGGUCAUCUCUAACUUCACUAUUCUCUUUUGGAAAAUCAGGAAAGGAGACUAUAAAGCCUCAGCCACCAUCACAACAAGGAUAUGAUGACUUUCCCAGAACAUCUGUCACUGUGAAGGGAACCCCUGAGGCUGGAAUAUACAACUCACCAUUAAACAGUGAAUCAUCAAAUACUGCAUUUCCCCCAAAGCCUGUAGGAAUGAGGGAAGGAAGUGGUAUGACCCCAUGGGAUGCUUCCCAGAUAGAGAAUGAAUUAUUUCGUGUUUUAGAUGACUUGGAUAACAAAUUGGCUCAGGAACAAGCCCUAAGUCCAGCAAAUACAAGAAUCCACUAUGGACCCCGAGCACAAAUCCGUCCUUUUUACAACACUGGCAGCAGAAAUGGCAAUCUCAUGGGGGGACAUAGGAAUAACUGUGGUGAAAUUUCAUCUCCAUCCAUCUAUGAUAUCCUAAGACCGUCAACCCCUAGAGAAGGUUUUAAAACUUUCUCCUAUAGAACAAAAACAAUUUAUGAUAUGUAUGGUCCAAGAGAACACACAGUCUCACAAGAGGAAUAUGUGCACAAGACCUUCGGCAGUUCAUCUCUGUGUUUUGAUAGGACACAGCCAUCAGCCUCUCCUACUUUAGGACAUUUCACAGCAAAUAGCCUACAUCUGCCACCCCAGACUCAAAGGAAGAGUGUUUUUGUAUCAAGGAGCCAUCAGCAAAGUCCAAGGAGAACUCCUUUGUCAUCUAUUGUAUGGAACAGGCCACAUUCUCCUGGAGAUAUUCAGUACCAAGAAGAGUUUCUGAGGGCACAGUCCCCAAUGGAAGUUGACCCUCUCAAUCAGAAUACGUACCCCACCUGGCCUCAAGACAAUAGGAGAUAUGAAUUUUACCGUUCCAGUAAUAUAUACCAAAGUGUUAGGCCACAUGCUCCCAGGGACAGAGCAAUCAGUCCUGAGUCAUUUGAGAAUUCUGAGAAUAUGCCAUUCCACCAAAAUGAAAACAAAUUCUCAGGGUCAUACCACUGGAACACCAUUACUCCUAGGAGAUUGCAAAAAAUUGGAGAAAGUCCUUUUCAGAGCAAAAAAGAAGAGUCUCUAUCCUUGUCCAACUUUUGCCACAGAAACAAAGAAUUCAUUUCUUCUGACAGAGACUUUGAAGUUAUUUCAAUGGAUGUAAAUGAGGGAUCAGCUGUUCAUAGUAAUAAUAUUCCUGUACCAUCCCAACCCUGGAGAGCAAAUUUUUCCAGAAACCAAGAAGAGACAAUUCCCAGGGAAUUUAAUUUUCAAACAUGUAUAUUAGAGGACACAGAAGUCCUAUCACAAGAUAAUGGUAACCAAAUAGCCUUAAAUGAAAGAUAUGAACAUUUGCACACACCUUCCAUGGAUACAACAGGAAACAAAUUCUGGGUUGCCCCAGAUAUUUACUCCAGGAGUCAAGUCAGACCAGGUAUGUUAAUAAGUCAACAGAAGUGGCCUCCAAUGGAAGCAAGUACAAAUUCAGAGACCAACUUACCUGAAACCACUCAAAAUUUGUCAUCCUUAUCUCAGACUCCCCUGCCCUUAAUUCCACAUAGAACAGUAACCCCUCAAAGCUCUGAUUUCCAGAAUGCUGCCACUACAUUGUGGGACACCAAAGGGAAUGCUCCUGAUGAAUCAGCCUCUCUUCCUUCAAGUAGCCAAACAGAACUUAUUAAAACCAGUAGUGACUCUGUCACUGUUGCCAGAAGCCAACCAAACACUUGGAUCACUGAGUUGAAUCCUGAGAAAGGCUUAACAGAAUCUGUGUCAGAAAAAGUGAAGCAACUAAACAAGGUAGAUGAGAUGGGCCAGGCUGGUGAAAUGUUAUCAGUUGUUUCUCAAUCAGUGCUUACUGAGACUACACCUGAUUAUCAGCCUUCUCUUUCUAGGGAUUCAGCCACCUUUUCCAGCAACAGAUUUGUUUCUAAUGCACCUGUCUCCACAGGUUCAAAAAAGCCAACUGGAGUCUUUGGCAGAAGGGAUAUUUCCAAAAUUUGCAUAUCAAACAGAGAUAAAGCAAAUGCACUUAAAAAAGAAAAUGAUUCUACCAUGGAAAGAAAACCAGAUUCAGGAACUUCAUUACAUUUCUCUCAGGAAAAUGGAACAUCAUUAUCUUUUCCCAAACAAAAUCAAGGCUGUCAGCAAGAAUCAGGGAUAAAUGAUGUUGGCAUUACCAGCAUUGAAAAGGAAGAGGGCAAACUAGGAACUUCCAGUGAUCAAAACCCACAGUAUCCAAGAGAAUCAUUUCUUUUAGAUGCUGAGGAUAUGCAAGGUAUUAGAUUGGAAAAUGCUUUGGUUCCUCCUACCAACUGCACCAAGUUUGCUGAAAAUCAUCAUGUCCUAUCAGACCAUUCCCUAGAACCAUUGCCAGAUCAUGGUCAAGGUCUUCCAUCAUCUUUUUCUCCCAACAGCCCUUCCUUAGCUUCUUUAGUAACUCCCUCUGCUACUUCAUUAAAUUUCACAUGUCAUGUAUUAGCAGAAGAGGCCAUGUUCUCAAAGAAGAAUCUUCUGGGAAAAGAUGCAUCUCAAGAGGAAAAUGAAGAAAAGACCUAUUCUGGUAACAAGGACCAAAAUAAUCAAUUGCCUCUCAGCUCUUCAGAAAACCAAGCUACUGAGGAGAUCCAGGUGCUUGAUCAUCACAAAGUGAAGGAUGCUGCUAAAUGCCAUCCAAACCAUCCUUUCAGUCUUGGGAGAGGAAAAGGGAAAAUAAGGCGCCGGGUAUCCUGUAUUGAAAAGUUAAGCAAAUCAGGAAAUUUCUUGGGACAGGAAAGAAAUGAUAGUAGUGACAUAGUUCCUGGUCAUGGCAAUUACCAGUCUCUUGAGCCCCUUGACAUUUACUGUAUCUUCCCAAGAAAACUGAGCAGUUUUCUAAUCAAUGACAAUAUAAAGUCAGAAAACAAGAUAUUGUCCACCUCAUUUAGGAAGGGGCCCCCUCCAUUCCAAAUAAAGAAGAACAUGGCAGAUCCACUAGAGAAAUGCUUCUCAAACAAAAACAAUUCCAAUUCUUCUGAACCAGAUAGGCAAUGUCCUGAAAUACAUGUGGACUCAUCCCCUUUAAGUCCCACACCUGUAGAGAUGAUGACAAACAUUAGAAACAUAACACCUGCUGCUAUUAGAAAAGGUCCACCUCCAUUCGAAAUAAAAAGUACUAUGUCCAGGCCCUUUGUUACCUGUUCCUCAGAUAGAGUGGAGGAAAGAGAUAAAUGUCAUGGCCUAGACACAGAACCUUCUAUUCCAACACCAAGGCCUGAGAUGCUGUUCUCAACCACUCAGGAAAACAGCCCAUCAAUUAAAGACUGUUCUUUACAACUAGUCAGAGAUUAUCCUCAUGCAGAAAGUUUUCAAGUCUACCCUGAAAAUCACAAUGAAAUGGCUUCUUCUCAGACAGAUAAUUUUGCAAAUAUGUUUUCCCUCCCCGAUGAAAAAUAUUUCUCUUUUCCUCCAGAUGGGUCAGAAAAGCAAAGUGGAAAACCCCUACAAAAAUAUAAGACAACAAGCACAGUCACUGUUUCUGGGGAUGAAGACAAUGUAAAAUGUCUUGAGGUAGUUUCAAUCUAUUACACUUUACCACGGAAAUCCAACAAAAAAUUGUGUGACCUCCUUAAAAGUGACACACGAAGUACACAUUUGUCCCCAGAAUCAGCUACAGUGGGGGAUGCAACAUUCCCUAUUUCUCUGGCAAAGAAGCGACUCAAUUCUUCCACGCAAUCAUUACCAGGAACACCUGUAUCUCCACAUGCAAAGGCAUCUGUUAGCAGGGCUCAAUGCAGAAAACAUUCCUUCUCACAUGACAUUGAAACAGCAUCUCUUUUACAGUCACCACAUAGUCCACAGACUGGGGCAGAGAAGCCCUCAGCAGAGACAUUACAGGGAAUGGCCUCUGGGUUUUCUCAUAUGAUUGAAGGUAUUUCUCUUUGCAAAGAAGAAUUUAAUACUACGAAGGAUUGUUCAACUAAAAUGAUCUCAGAUAAUUUACAAAGCAAAGGUACGAAUACCUUUUCUUUUGUUCCUGGCCAUCAAGAGGGACAAGAAAUAUGGCAGAAUCAUACCAGGCAUACCUCUGUCUCAUCAACAAUGCUUCAUGAUAAACUUGUUAGAGAAGGAAAGCUUGAAAAUCCAGAGCAGUCUAUUAGAGUAUGUGAAAGAGAGAGUCCUUCUGUCAUCCAGACUCAUUUGGGAGAUAAUGUUAAUGACAGUCCUUGCAUAGGAGAAAUCUUAGGGAAACAUGGGCCUCAUUACAUAGACAUGAUGUCUACUAGAAGUAGAAAUUAUCCUCGUGAAGAAGUUACUGACAAAAUAGACUCAAUACCUAGAACUAUAUCCUUCUAUGAUAAUCUGAGAGAGUUACAGCCAGAAGCUGCUAAUGGGAAACUUAAAACAGAUGACCAGAAAAUAAUUGAAAAAACAUAUUCUGCUUUGCAAAGCAAAGAAUUAUUCCUCCCUUCCAACUCACUCAAACUUCAGCCUGGGGAGAUGAACCAUAAAGGUCAACCUGACUUAGAAAGGUCACUGAGGGAACCAAAAGAAGUAAGUGAUGCAGAUAAGGAUUUAAUUAGGUUGGAUAAAGUAGAAGAUUCCCAGAACACAAAGGUUAAAGAGACAAUGCAGGGGCUGGCAUGUGAUCAAUAUUCAUCUCCCAAGGUAAUAAAUGAAAAUAAGUGUGAUUUGGGUUGCACCAAAGAAAAAAUCAAUCUAGAGAAAAGGAAAAACAGAACUUCUGUUAAACAAAAACUGGCGGCUUUGUCCAAAGUCAGCAGAAAAUUCUCAACAAAAGAUAUGAACCCCAGAAGGCACAUUGCUACUAUUUUCCCACAUGCGGAAGUCAAUUCCAAUACCAGUGGCUUACCUCUUAACACACCAGAGAUGUCUCCACUUUCAGCUAAACCCACCCUUGGGAUCUCAGAAUCCACACAUGAAUAUAAGAAAUCAGGUCCUAGUGAAACUGAGACCUCUGCACUCCAAACAGCUGAAGUGAAUAAGACUGAGACCCCUCUCCAGCCUCAUUUAGGUUCCAUCAAGAAGCCUGUCAAAUAUGUAAGUGAGCAAAAAACUAUGACUAGCAGUUCCAACCCAAAUAAGAACAUGGUUGAGAAUGUAACAGAAUCACCAAUAAGCAGCACAAACACUGAAGAUGAAAUAGUAGUAGAAAGAGGCAAAUGCCCUCAAACUUUGGAAACAGGAUAUGAAACCAUAGCCCAACCCAUGCUUUCCAGUAUGGGGACAGAAGAUUUCUCUGAUGAUCUAAAGAGACUUAGCCUUCAGUUCCCAUCUGAGACUACAUGUAAGACUUCUGAAGAAAGAAUCCUGACACCCAGCCCUCUGUCACAGCGAAAAAAUAUCUCACCCCAAGAAUGGGAGCCUGAUUCAAAUCUCUAUCGUUCCAAGAGUUUAAAAAAUAUAAAUGUACUUAGUAAUCAGCAACAAAUAAGUCAACCUCAGAAAACGCGUGAGCGCCACUUUUCUGCACAUACUUUUUCUGACAAUGUCCAGGACAGAUGGAAAUUCAGGAAUGAAUUUCCUGUUCAAAGUGGGGAUGGAAGAAGGUUCCGAUCUUUUUCUGAGUUCUCUGCCUGUGAUGAAAAUGACAGCUGGGUUUUGGGCAGUGACAGGACCAAGGCCAGUGGCCCCAGAUCUACAAGUUCCAUCUCCAGACCAAUUGACUAUGGAAUUUUUGGGAAGGAACAGCAGCAGGCUUUCUUGGAGAAUGUAAAGAGGUCACUCACAGAAGGGAGGUUGUGGAGGCCAAAUUUCCUUAAGAACCCUGGCUUCUUAACAGAUGACGUGAGUCAACUUACCAAUACACCUGAGUCACUAACUUCCAGUUCAGAUAGCAAAAUACCAAAAGAUGGUUUGUCUCCUAGGGAGCCGCUUAACAUCUAUCAGGUGCAUUCAGAGUCUGACACCGACACCACCACAGAUGAUGAGUACUAUCUGGAAGCUGACAAGGAAUCAGAACUCUGAGGCCUCUUUUCAAUAAAAAAAAAAAAACCUUUAAAAAAAUAACCAAGUAUUGUUCCUGGGAAUCCAGAGUAAGUGUCUUUGUAAAUAGCAUUAUGACCAUAAGAACAUUAGGGACAAAAGAUAUAGUCUGGGCAGUCCUUAUUCUGAAGCAACCUAAUUCUCCAUUUUUCCUCCACACCCAUUACUCCCUGGAUUCAGCAUAAAUAACUAUAACUCUGGCUUGUUGGGUUGGGGUUUUUUGUUUGGGGUUUUUUUGUUUUUUGUUUUGUUUUGGUUUGGUUUUUUGCCUCUUAGAGAUAAGACAAAUAUUUCUUUUCACAUUUCUUCAGGAAGUUUCAAACUCCCCUGCCUAUCCCCAAUAGGACUGCCAGGGAAGGGGUGUGUCCUUAGCUUUCAUCUUCCCUACCUUAUUGUCUCCAAUUUAGCUUCCAGUCUUGAACCGCUCCUUUUCCUUUUCCUUCACUCUUCCCCAAAAGAUUAACUUUGCUAAUUACCCAGCACAGCUCAUGUUCUACUCUCUUCAUAAUGCUACUUAAAAUGAUAGAGAUUAUGAUGAUGAUGAUAACGAUAAGCUAUUAUUUCCCUCAUAUAAGAAGAUGAACAACAUUUCAUCAUCAUUUGAAGACUUUAAUUUUAUGCUUUGGGGAUAAGGAACAUAAAGCUAGGUUCUUCUUUUUUUUUUUCUUAACUAACCUGAUGUGCCCAUAGGGUUGAAAGCUAGGAGAAUGGGAUGAUUAAGCUGGUGAUUUAUAUGUAAGAAACUGAAUUCAUUUAGACUGAUUAGGAAGCACAACAUUACUAGAGUAGAUACUAUGCUCAACUUGAAACCAGGAAGAUCUAGUUCAAGUCUUGCCCCUGAUUCUAACUAGGUGUAUGAUCUUGGGCAAAUCAAGUAAU